CUAGCCAGAAUGGAAAUUGAUAAGGCCUUGUGCAUUCCUUUGGCGGUCGCUAUCGCAGUAAUUCUUCUCUCUGUGCUUGCAUCACGUUUCCUGAAGAAGAAGGAGAGGAAGAUAGCAAAUGCGAGCAUCGAGGAAUCUGCUUCAUCGACCUUUGAGAACGAAUAUGAAGUGUUCUUGAGCUUCAGGGGCAGGGACACUCGCACCAGCUUCACCGACUACCUCUACACCAGCCUCAAAAGAGAUGGGAUCUCCGUGUUCAGGGACGAUGACGAGCUCCCCAUUGGCGAGGAGAUCGGUCCGGAUCUUCUCCAAGCCAUUAGGAACAGUAAGAUCUCGAUCCCGAUUCUCUCUUCAGAUUAUGCUUCUAGCAAAUGGUGUCUUCGUGAGCUCGCCCAAAUGAUCGAGUGCAAGAGAAAUGAAGGGCACAUGGUCUUGCCCAUAUUCUACAAAGUUGGGCCCGGGGACGUGCGACACCAGACGGGGAGAUUCGGGGAUGCCUUCCAUUCAAUUAAGAAGCACUAUGAGGUAGAGCAGGUCCAACAAUGGGUGCGAGCACUCAAAGAAGUAGGAAGCUUAAAGGGAUGGGAAUCAGAGAAAAUUGCUAACGGACAUGAAGGUGAGUUGGUUAAGAUAAUUGUCAAGAAGGUUUUGGCCGAGUUAAAGGAAGAUUUACAGUUGGACGUCACAGAGAACUUGGUCGGGAUUAGUGAUCAUAUAGAGGAGAUUAUGAGAAUGUUAAGUAAUAAUGACAGUGAAACUCGAUUUGUCGGUAUCCAUGGAAUGGGCGGUGUUGGAAAGACAACUUUAGCCAAGGUCAUCUUCAAUAAACUCUGCCAUCAGUUCAAUCAUUGUAGCUUCUUGGCAGAUGUGCGAGAAACAUCAGAAAAGUGGGGUGCCCACCAUUUGCAGAACCAGCUAAUCUCUGACUUUCUAAAACAAAAACACAAGCAUGUCUUCAAUGUUGAUGAAGGACUUAGAAUCAUUAGAAAGAGAUUUAGGCAUGCGAAAGUUCUCAUUCUUCUUGACGAUGUGGACGAUGUUUCUCAGUUGAACUGCUUGGCCGGAAAUCGUGACUGGUUUGGUUUAGGAAGUAAGAUCAUUAUAACGACAAGAAAAGUGACUGUUCUUGAUGAGGCUAGGGUGGACAACUCAUAUGAACUCAAUGGAUUGGAUGCUGACAACUCGUUGCUUCUUUUUAGUAGGAAUGCAUUCAGAAGGGACUUCCCUUUGCCUGAAUUUGUGGAUCUCUCACAUAAUAUCGUUUCCACUACAGGAGGGCUACCUUUAACACUCGAAGUCAUAGGUUCAUUCUUGUGCAGAAAAAGCAUAGCAGUAUGGGAAGAAACAUUGAAGAAGUUAAGAAAAACACCAAGGAAGGAAGUGCAAGCGAAGUUAAAAAUAAGUUAUGAUGCACUAGAUUAUGAGCAACAGCAAAUAUUUUUGGAUAUUGCCUGUUUUUUUGUUGGAACUGAUGAAAGAAUCGCAUCCUAUAUGCGGCAUGACUGUGAAUAUUACCCACAGAUGGGAAUUGACGAAUUGCGUUCGAUGUCCUUGAUAAAAGUGGGAAAUGACCAUAGGUUGUUAAUGCAUGACCAAUUGAGAGAUCUUGGUAGGGAAAUUGUUCGGCAGGAAGGCUACGAGGAGCCCUGGAAACGCAGUAGAUUAUGGAUUCACAAGGAAUCCUUACAUGCCCUGGAGAAGAAUAAGGGAACUGCAAAAAUAAAAGCCCUCCGUCUUAACGAAAGUGGCUUAGGCUGGGUGUGCAGCAAGGAACCAUUUGAAAAGCUACCAAGUUUAAGGUUCCUUGAGAUGAAUAAUUUCAUCCUCUCUGGAGAUUUCAAGUGUCUUCUUUCUGAAUUACGAUGGCUUUGUUGGAAAAAUUGGCCAUCAAAUUUUAUGGCAACCAAUUUUCAUGUGGAGAAAUUAGUCAUAUUUGACUUAUCAAGGAGCAAAGUCACAGAGCAUUGGGCAGGAUGGAAUCAAAUCAGUACGGCAAGUAAUCUGAAAGUUCUCAACAUUUCUAAUUGCCAGGACUUGAAAACAUCUCCUGAUCUAACAGAUUUUCAGCAUCUAGAGAUUUUAAUUCUUCAAAGAUGUGAAAAUCAGACAGAAGUGCACCCUUCUAUCGGAAACAUCCACACCCUAAUUUCCUUGGAUGUGAGAGACUGUUGGAGACUCAAAAAACUACCAAUAGAAGUGAAUCAGCUACAAGAAUUGGAGGAGCUUUUUAUAGAUAGAACUCGGAUGGAAGAAAUUCCCAUAUCUAGGGUUCAAUGAAGAAACUCAGGACUCUUAGUGCCACUGAUUGUGAAUCAUUGGUUCGAAUACCCAGGUCAUUAGGCCAUCUAGCGUCUCUGUCCACCCUUGAUUUUUCCGGAUGUGUAAAGCUUGCUGAACUUCCAGACUCCAUAGGGUACCU